AUGACAGCGGUGACACCCACCUACGCCGUCCUCGGCAGCACAGGCAACUGCGGUACUGCUCUGAUCCAGAAUCUCCUCCAAGAUAGCUCCGAGGACGCCCACAUUCACGCCUACUGCCGCAAUGAAGCCAAGCUACGCCGGCUGCUCCCCGAAACAGUGGACAACAAACGCGUCCGCGUGUUCGCCGGCAGCAUCGUCGACGUGGGCCUGAUGGUUUCCUGCAUCCGCGGCACCCGGGCCGUCUUUCUAACGGCCACGACCAACGACAACAUCCCCGGGUGCCGGGUCAGCCAGGACAGCGCGGCGACGGUGAUCCAGGCGCUAGAGCGCCUCCGGGAUGAAUCCGAGACGGUGGGUGCGGGCAAGGGCAUGGUCGUGCGAGCUCUCCCGCGGCUGGUGCUCCUCAGCUCGGCGACCAUCGACGACCACCUGGCGCGCCACAUGCCUACGUGGUUCCGGCCGAUCAUGCUGGCGGCAGCGUCGCACGUGUACCGCGACCUAGAGUUGGCUGAGGGCCUGCUGCGGGCGCAGGCCGACUGGGUGGCGACCGUGUUCAUCAAGCCGGCGGGCCUGUCGCCGGACGUGGCGCGCGGGCACCGGCUGACACUGGACGAGGAGGAGUCGUUUAUCAGUUAUUUGGACCUGGCGGGGGGCAUGAUUGAGGCCGCGCGGGAUGAGGGGGGCCGGUAUGAGGGCCGGAAUGUGGGCGUGGUGAAUGCGAAGAGGGGAGUUGGCGCCAGGUUUCCCAGGGGCACGCCCAUGUGUAUUCUGAUGGGGCUGUUGAGGCAUUUCUUUCCGGUGCUGCAUCCGUAUCUUCCAUCGACUGGGCCCGCGUAG